ACUGUUGUUAAUGGGCUGAGCAGCAAUGGACGAGAAAAAGCUGUUGAUGUCCCUUUAUGUACACGCUCUAUUUCUGCCGUUAAAAUAAUCCCUGUGAAGAAAGUGAAAAGUUCUCCUCACCUAGUGCUGCCUACAGAAACAAAUCCCACUAGAGUCUGCAGUGGAAAAGGAGCUGUGACCCUCCGGGCAUCUCCAGCCCACCAAGAGAAUCAGAAUAUCACUUCGCCAUGUCCUCAGAGUGUCGAGCAACCUGAAAGUAAACCGGAUAAUUGGAGGUUGUCAUCUAACACUGAUGCCAAUGGGGAUGCCCAACCAUCUUCUCUGGCUGCCAAGGGUUAUAGGAGUGUGCGUCCGAACCUUUCCUCAGACAGCAAGCCACAGGCCCUUGCCCCUCCCCGUCCUCCUCUUCCCAAAGAGGAAAGCUUUGCAUGGCGUCCUCGCACUGACAGUAAAGUGACCAACCUGUUGCCAGUGCCCAUCAUGGACUGCGUGUACCUGAAUGCACCCAAGCCUUAUAUGCAGCAGUGUGCAUCACCAAAUGCCAGUGCACGGUGUUAUUUCUCAUCACCUACCCCCUAUGGGACUGUCCCCAGUGGGAAGCAAGGCUUGCCAGCAGGGUAUUCUCCCUCUCCAGGCCCCAAAGAUAAGGUGCAUGCUGAGCAGCCACUCUUGGAAAGUUGCUCCUCUUCAGAUGCAUCAUCUUUACAGCGCAACCCCAACAGGGCAGAUCUCAGUAGUAAGGCUGGAGUGAAUUCCAGUCAUGAGACGAAGGCGGAUAAAAAGGUCAGCAAACUAUAUGUAGCUUGUUUAUCUAACAGCACUUGCUCAGCCACAUCUGAAAAUUCCACUGGCACCACACAUGACCCAGCAGCCAGCACCAGUUUAGGUGCUGAGCUCACUCCAGCACCAGCCACCGACAUUGUUUCCUCUGUAACAGACACUGGAAAGUCUCUUCCUGCUGUUCCUCCUCCUCCUGUUCCUCCCAGGCCGUACUUUUACAUUGUCCUCAGUAAAGACGCAGUUAGUUAUGGUGCGGGCCAACCCUCCUGGACUCAGUCAUCACCUCUGCAAGCUGUGAGGGACAAAGUGCUAGAACCCCAGAGCACAGCUGCCACAGAGGACAGGAUGAGAAAAGAGCCUUACCUUACUCAGCAGCGACAGCCACCAUACAAGGCAAUGGGACGCAGCAUGGAUGCCACUGCCACCACCACAGCUCAGCCCGGGGUUAUAGUAGUCCCCCUCCUUCAGGUUAAUCCAGAAAGACAGCAAGAAGGCAGCUCCAGCACUCCACCACCGCCUCUGGUUCCUUUUGGGCAAGGCUCCACAUUCCCUGAGAUUGUUCCUCCUGGCUCACCCUUGACUUUUCCGACUCUAGACGAUUUCAUUCCCCCACAUCUCCAGAGGGGUUCCCACCAUAACCAAGCACCCUCCACAUCUGGCACAUUACCCUCUGUUUACCCAAAACUGGCAUUCUUCUCGUCACCACCUUCACUUGUCCCUCCAGUCACAGGGACUUUGCACAGGGGCUUGAAGCCUGAAAUCACUGGAGUCAUCUCACAUACAGACCCAAGUCCUGUGCUAAAUGAAGUGCCCCAGUCUGGCACUGGCACUGACUAUCCAGCCUCCUUCACUUCAAUCAACAAGUCUUCCUCUGCCUAUCCAUCUACCACAAUCGUCAAUCCCACUAUUGUCCUCUUGCAGCACAAUCGAGAUUCAGUGCCAGACAGACUAGUUUCUGAUAAAGUUGGUUCAGCACUUAUACGGGACAAGCCACUUCAGGAGACCGUGCCAAAUGAGAAGAAAGCAAUGGAGGAAAAGAGAAGCACUGUCAAGAGCCCUCAGCACAUGGCUGAUACCUCUGUUGAUGAUAUUGGCAUUCCACUGAGGAAUACAGACAGAUCAAAGGACUGGUACAAGACAAUGUUCAAACAGAUCCACAAGCUAAACAGAGACACUUCUGAAGAAAACCCUUAUUGCCCUACCUACAUAUUUCCUGAACUUCCUGAAAUCCAGCAAAAAACUGAAGAAGACAAUCCUUAUUCUCCUACAUACCAGUUUCCUGCGUCUACUCCUAGUCCUAUCUCUGAAGAUGAAGAUUCUGAUUCAUACUCUCCUCGUUAUUCCUAUUCUGAGGACAGCAGAACUCAGCUUUCAGUUCCCCGCUCCAAGAGUGAGAUGGACAAUAUUGAUUCAGAGAAGGUUGUUAAGAGGUCUGCUACUUUGCCACUGCCAAACCGUACUUCGUCGUUGAAAUCAAGCCCAGAAAGGACUGACUGGGAGCCUCCAGACAAGAAGGUGGACACCAGAAAAUACCGUGCAGAGCCCAGAAGCAUUUAUGACUACCAGCCAGGAAAGUCUUCGGUUCUGAACAAUGAAAAGAUGACUCGGGAUAUAAGCCCAGAAGAGAUAGAUUUAAAGAAUGAACCUUGGUAUAAAUUCUUUUCGGAAUUGGAGUUUGGGAAACCGCCUCCAAAAAAGAUUUGGGAUUAUACUCCUGGAGAUUGCUCUAUCCUUACUAGAGAGGAUAGAAAGACUGAUCUAGAAAAAGACCUCUACCUCUACCAGACUGAGUUAGAGGCAGAUUUAGAAAAAAUGGAGAAGCUUUAUAAAGCGCCACAUAAAAAGCCACAGAAGAAUACAGCAGGUGUCACUCCUCUGGAAACUUCCACAGACCAUUCUUCCUACUCUGCAUAUUCACCCAACUACCAUGCAGUGAAGAGGGAAUCAGAACCAGACCCUGCUGGCUUGGAGAAUGAAAGGCAGAUUUACAAGAGUGUGCUUGAAGGUGGAGAUAUCCCAUUCCAGGGCCUGAGUGGCCUCAAGCGACCUUCUAGCUCUGCUUCCACAAAAGAUUCAGAAUCACCAAGGCAUUUUGCACCAGUUGAUUACAUGGAAACUCCAGAAGAAAUUAUCCGCAGACGGCAUGACGAUAAAGAGAAACUUUUAGAGGACCAGAGACGGCUUAAACGUGAGCAAGAAGAAGCUGAUAUUGCAGCUAGAAGGCACACAGGGGUUAUUCCAACGCACCAUCAGUUUAUCACUAAUGAGCGAUUUGGGGACCUCCUAAAUGUAGACGAUACAGCAAAGAGGAAAUCUGGGUCAGAGAUGAGACCUGCUAGAGCCAAGUUUGACUUUAAAGCACAGACGCUAAAGGAACUUCCUCUGCAAAAAGGAGAUAUUGUUUACAUUUACAAGCAGAUUGACCAGAACUGGUAUGAAGGCGAACACCAUGGCAGAGUUGGCAUCUUCCCACAAUCAUACAUAGAGCUCCUCCCACCAGCUGAGAAAGCUCAGCCCAAAAAGCCAUCACCAUUGCAAGUUUUGGAAUAUGGAGAUGCUAUUGCCAAGUUCAACUUCAAUGGAGAUACCCAAGUGGAAAUGUCCUUCAGAAAGGGUGAAAGGAUCAUAUUGAUUCGACGAGUGGAUGAGAAUUGGUAUGAAGGAAGAAUCUCUGGCACCAGUCGUCAAGGCAUCUUCCCUGUCACUUAUGUGGAAGUGCUCAAGCGGCCAGUGGUCAAGAAUGCCAUUGACUAUCCUGACCCACCAAUGUCCCUCUCCCCUAACCGCAGCAUGACAGCUUCACCACAGUCUCCCAGCUCUGAGCAGCUCCAUACACCAACUCCUCCGCCUUUGCCUUUCGCACGCCGCACCUUAUCUCCAGAGGUGCAGGCGGUCACAUCUGAGUGGAUUGCUCUGACCAUGGGAGUAUCUCCUAGCCCCACUCCUGCCAUAACUCCUCCAUUACCUCCUCCACCUGAAGCGUCUCUCUCUCACACUGGCUAUCUCUCGCCUUCUGCUGCAGCCAGCCCUUCCCCCACGGUCAGCCUCCACCAUUCUCACCUCUCUGGCUCCUCGACUCCCAGGUCCAUUAAAUCCCCAUUGCCCUCUUACUCAUCCAGACCUCAGUCCUCCACCCACAGUUUCUAUGAGGCCACUCCACAAAGUGAAGAAAAAUUUGUUGGUUCCCCUUCUCCCAGCGUGAGCUACUCUAACUCUCCUCACUGGGCAGCGGAGAGCCCUGAAAGCAUCCUCACAGAGCAGCGUGACACCACAGGCAGCCAAGCCUGGCUCCAAAAGACUGGAGAGGGCAGCAGCAACCCUGAGCAGGGUGCUCACACUGUUCCCAAGAUCUCUGUUGAGCGCUGCCUGAAACCAUCCCAACUAGACAUGCGUGUGAGCCCAGAAAAGAGACCUGUGGGUUCGUCUGAGGACAACCAGUUGUGUCAGGAGCUAAUGGCUAUUGUGCAGGGAGGUAAAACAGAGAAAAGAGGCAUGAGGAAAGGUGAUCUGGGAAAGUUUCAAAGCGGGGAAAAGAAGACUGCAGACUCAAAAGCAUUCUCUUCAUCUGCUCCUCUCCCUUCCUCUGCCCUCUCUUCCUCUACUGUCACAACACAGCCACCUCCCAGACUUACAUGCAGAGUCAAUAAGCCACAGCCUUCCCACCAUUCAUUGAGAGCUGGACCAGAUCUCACAGAGUCUGAAAAGAGCUAUGUGGAAGCUGUUUGCAAUGAGAUCAUAAACAUUGCAGAAAAGUCUGUUCAUUACUGCAGUACUAUUGCUGAGCCUCUUGACUCUCGCCACAAGGUGACCUCUAAUGACCAUAAACCAUCUCUCAUCAUUUCUCAGCAACCUCAAGCACAGCAGCAAGGAACCAGCCCUGACAGAAGUCAAACACCACGAGACAUAGUUAGCUACCAAGCCCUCUACAGCUACACUCCUCAGAACGAUGAUGAGCUGGAACUGAGGGAUGGUGACAUUGUUGAUGUCAUGGAGAAAUGUGAUGACGGCUGGUUUGUGGGUACAUCCAGAAGAACAAGGCAAUUUGGCACCUUCCCAGGCAACUAUGUGAAGCUUCUGUACCUGUAA